AUGAAAUCCUUGCCUGAGGAUCCACCGACUCUUGAUGUUUCAAUUGAUGCGCUGGUCAGCAACCAAUUAAAGAAUGAUCAAGAAAUGGGGACUGAUGCAAAACCAAUCAGUGGAGAACCUCUGCAAGAAAAUCAGUCUUUUCGUGGCUUCCCACGUGCAAUGUGCCCAGGUCUCCGGAAGGUUUUGGCUGAAGCAGUAGGGACUUUCAUAUUGGUUUUCUGUAUAUGUGGAAUCAUUGCGAGCAUGGAGUUAAUGAAAGGUCAGAUAGGACUAAUGGAAUAUGCAACAACAGCAGCUUUAACGGUGGUGGUUUUAGUUUAUGCUAUUGGUACCAUCUCUGGAGCUCAUGUUAACCCUGCAAUCACAAUUGCUUUUGCAACUGUUGGUCCAUUUCCCUGGUCCACGAUUGUUGUCAAGGUUCCACUUUAUUUAUCAGCACAGCUUGGAGGUGCUGUCCUGGCAACCUAUGCAGGUAAGUUCGUCUAUGGCUUACAAACAGAUUUGGUGUUGACAAAACCGUUCCAUGGACGCAGUGCUGCAGCCUUUUCUGUUGAGUUCAUUGCAACAUCAAUGGUUGUAUUCUUAGCUGCAGCUUUGGCAAAUGCACCAGAAUCUGUACAGAACUUGUCUGGAUUUGUGGUUGGAGGAGCUAUUGGGCUUGGAGUGCUCAUCACAGGGCCUAUCUCAGGAGCAUCAAUGAAUCCAGCAAGAUCACUGGGACCAGCAAUUGUUUCAGGGGACUUUACUUUCCUGUGGAUCUAUCUUGCUGCCCCAACUCUAGGAGCCAUUUUUGGUGCCAUCUUGUAUCGCCUCAUCCGUCUUCAAGGCUGGCCUUGCCAACCAAGUCCCUCAAAAAAUUGAAAUGCUCCUCUGCUUUAAAGUUGCAUCUAAUGCAUGAUUAUUAUACACUGAAACAAAAAAUGAUGACUAUAUACUGUUAGCCACAAAGCUUGAUGGUACCCAAAAUUGACUUUCUUGAAAACAUCUGGUUGCUGCAUUCUCCUAUAUUAUUUAUAAGUAACGAGGGAGAUUUCUGAAUCGAGAUGUAAGCAUGUAAUCC